CUCCUCCACCAGGUGUCGCUGUGAGCGUCUAGGUGUCGUUCCUCCACACAUGUAGAGAAACAGAAGAAGACGUGCGGCAGUGUUGGUGAUUGAUGAUCUGAUCUCUCCGACUCUACUAAUCAUCUUUACAUUCCAAUAUUUCUGACAGGGUUUUACCCCCACACUUCCAUCUGAUCCGUUGUGGGGGGAUUUGAGCUGCUUAACUGCCUUCUGCUGGAAACAUCAAGGCACAAGUGCUGUCCCACUGCAAGUCUUCUUUAGCUGUCCUCUUUCCUACACGUCUUAUGUUUACCUCCACAAGAACAUCCAGAGAUGAAUCCAGAAGAAAUUAAAUGUGAGAAUCUGGAACCUACAGAGAGCUUCAGUGAUCAGCAAAGCUCCUCUGAUGCUUUCAACACCAGCACCUCUCCCUGCAAAAAGAAAGUUCACGUGUGCUCUCAGUGUGGGAAGAGUUUCGGUCAGAAGAGUUACCUCACCACGCACCAGCGGGUUCACACGGGAGAGAGGCCGUACCAGUGCUCCCACUGUGGCAAGUCCUUCAACCUGAGCAGUAUUCUCAGGAAACACCAGAGGAUUCACACGGGAGAGAAACCCUAUCAGUGUUCGCAGUGUGGGAAGUGUUUCAGCCUCAGGAACACUCUGAAAAGACACCAGCGGAUCCACACAGGAGAGAAACCCUAUCAGUGCUCGCAGUGUGGGAAGAGUUUCACCGAGAGAGGAAGUCUCAGACAACAUCAGAGAACUCACACGGGCGAGAAGCCGUACAGCUGCCCGGAGUGCGGGAAAACAUUCUCUGUCCAGGGAAGUCUCCAGCAUCACCAGCGCAUCCACACUAAAGAUAAACCAUACCGCUGUUUAGAGUGUGGGAAGACUUUCAGAAAAGCAGCUCAUCUCCAAGCUCACCAACACGUUCACACCGGAGAGAAACCCUAUUACUGUUCUGUAUGCUGGAAGGGUUUCAGCAGACACGGCUGUUUCCUGCGACAUCAGCUCAUCCACACCGGAGAGAAGCCGUAUCAGUGUCCCCAGUGUGGGAGGAGCUUCAGGAGGCGGUGUCAUUUACAGCGACACCAACACAUUCACACUGAAGAUAAACCCUUUCAUUGUCUAGAAUGUGGGAGGAGUUUUCGAGAAGAACCCGAUCUCCAGGCCCAUCGUCACGCUCACACCAGAGAGAAGCCGUAUCAGUGCUCGCUGUGUGGGAAAAGGUUCAGGAACCGGAGUCAUUUUCAGCGACACCAGCGCGUUCACGCGGCGGAGAGCAUGGACGUGUGGCGGUUCUCGUCGACUAGCGUGGGAAUGAACGGUGAAGAGGAAGGGAGAGAGAACUGUUCCCUGAGGAGCACCAGUGCUGCAGAUCACGGUGUCGGACACACAGUACUGAAUAGUUCAGUUAGUUUGGAUAUGAAUGGUGUCCUGCCUUCUCCUGCUAUCCUGUAUCCUACACAGCAUAAAUGUAUUUCUGCAAGAACGUCAGUAGAUCCAAUUAGGAUGACCUCAGGCAAGAUUAAAUAUAAGAAUCUGGACUCUACAGAGAGCCCCGGGAGUCAUGAAAGCUCAUCUGCUCCCCUCUACACAAACACGCCUUACAGACAAGUGCAAGGUGAAAUUCACCAGUGCUCCCAGUGUGGGAAGAUCUUCAGUCAGAAGAGCACUCUCAAAGAACACCAGCAAAUUCACACGGGAGAGAAACCGUAUCAGUGCUCACAGUGCGGGAAGUGCUUCAAUCAAAAGAGUGCGCUGAAAAAACACCAGUGUACACACUCUGGAGAUAAACCCUAUCACUGCACUAACUGUGAGAAAAGGUUCAGUCAGAAGAGCACUCUCAAAGAACACCAGCGGAUUCACACGGGAGAAAAGCCCUAUAGAUGCCGACAGUGUGGGAAGAGUUUCAGUCAGAACGGGAAUCUCAGAAAACACCAGCGGAUCCACUCGGGGGAAAAGCCGUAUCAGUGCUCGCAGUGCGGGAAGAGCUUCACGAGCCAGAGCGACCUCCAGAGACACCAGCGCAUCCACUCCGGAGAGAAGCUCUAUCAGUGUUUACACUGUGAGAAGAGUUUCAUUGAGAGCGGUAAUCUUAUAAAGCACCAGAGAAUUCACACUGGAGAGAAACCAUAUCAGUGUCCGGACUGUGGGAAGAGUUUUACACAAAAGAGUAACCUCCAGAAACAUCUCCGCAUUCACACUGGAGAUAAACCCUACUACUGCUUAGAGUGUGGGAAGAGUUUCACUCAAGGAACCGAUCUCCAAGUACACCAGCGCGUUCACACGGGGGAGAAGCCCUAUCACUGCCCACUGUGUGGGAAAAAUUUUACUAGCCAGAGUAAUCUGCUUCGACAUCGGCGCAUUCACACAGGAGAGAAACCGUAUCAGUGCUCCGAGUGCGAGAAGAGUUUUAUCGAGAGAGGUAUUCUCAUACAGCACCUGAGAAUUCACACCGGAGAGAAACCCUAUCAGUGUUCACACUGUGGGAUGAGUUUCACUCAAAGGGGGAAUCUCCGAAAACACCUCCACGUUCACACCGGAGAGAAACCGUAUCGGUGUUUAGAGUGUGGGAAGAGUUUUAUACAGGGAGCUGACCUCCAGAUACACCAACACAUUCACACAGGAGAAAAACCUUAUUACUGUUCAGUGUGUGGGAAGAGCUUCACUAGACACAGCAGUUUCCAGCGACACCAGCGCAUUCACACCGGAGAGAGACCGUAUCACUGCUCGGAUUGUGGUAAGAGUUUUAUCGAGAACAGUAAGCUCAUAAAACACCAGAGAGUUCACACAGUGGAGAGUUUUAGUGGACAGAGUGAUCCAGACGAACACCAGCACCUUCACACGCCUGAGAUUCAGGAAGUCCCACACUUCUUUUUAGAACAAAACCAAAAGGGUGAGAAUUGUGGAGUCGUAGAUACAGCACAGCAGACUCUGGAUAAAGCACAUGGAGAUGUUUCAACCAUGAUGAAGGCAGAAGAGAUUAAAUGUGAGGAUGUGGAACCCGUGGAAAGCUGCAGCAGUGAGCGAAUCUCAUCUGGUGCUUUACACACUGAGGUCUCUCACAGACGAGUCCGAACCCAAAUCCAUCACUGCUCCCUGUGCGGAAAGAGCUUCAGUCGAAAUAGCUGUUUCAGACAGCAUCAGCGGAUUCACACCGGAGAGAAGCCGUAUCACUGCUCACAGUGUGGGAAGAGCUUCAGUCAGAAGAGUCACGUCAAACAACACCAGCGCAUUCACACCGGGGAGAAGCCGUACCGAUGUACAGAGUGUGGGAAGAAGUUCACCUGCCAGAGUCACCUCCAGCGACACCAGCGCAUUCACGCAGGAGAGAAACCCUAUCAGUGUUCACACUGUGAGAAGAGGUUUAGUGAGAGAGGAUUUCUCAUUAACCACCUGAGAGUUCAUACUGGAGAGAAGCCGUAUCAGUGCUCAGAGUGUGGUAUGAGUUUUACUCAAAGGAGCAAUCUCCAAAAACACCAACGCAUUCACACAGGAGAUAAACCUUAUAACUGCCUCGUGUGUGGGAAGAGCUUUAAUCGAGAGGACAGUCUACAAAUACACCAACGCAUUCACACUGGAGAGAAACCGUAUUACUGCUCACAGUGUGCCAAGAACUUUACCACCCUGAGUAAUCUCCGAAAACAUCAGCGUGUUCACACUGGAGAAAAAACCUAUCACUGCUCCGAGAGUGGGAGGAGCUUCAGGACACAAGGAACUUUACAUCACAUUUACACGAAACAGAACGAGGACAUGAUGCAUUUACCAUUAGAUAGUGUGGAAAUGAACUAGUUAUAUAUAUAUAUAUAUAUAUAUAUAUAUAUAUAUAUAUAUAUAUAUAAUGAGUCAAAUUAAGCACUUUGUAACCUCCUGGCCAAUAUGGGUGUAGUGGAGCUCUCAUCAAUACGGAGAGAUAAGUAUUAUAGUGUGAAAAGUACCAGGUCGGUCUGUGUGAGAUUACGUUUCAUCAUCACUACAUGACAUUACACUGCAUCAGUAUCCAGUGUCAAUAUUAUAAUCAUGUCUGACCAUUUAUUAUUACUACAUGCCCAGUUUGGACAUAUCCAGAUGAUCUUAUUUCUUAAGCUGAUGGAAUUCCAUGGUCAAAUAAAGAGUUGUCAUAUUUCUGAACAAA